CUCCCUGGGCAGGAGGAAGAAGGGCGCAGGCGCCCGCGAGGCGGCGGCGGGCGGAGGCGGGCCCGAAGGGGCGGGGGCGGCGCGGAGGAGGUGGAGGCCGGCGGUCGCCUCUGCUCCCCGUCGAUUGUCAUGUCCCGCCGGGCAAAAGAUGACUUCCUGCGGCACUACACAGUUUCCGACCCCAGGACCCACCCCAAGGGCUACACCGAGUACAAAGUCACCGCACAGUUCAUCUCAAAGAAGGACCCGGAGGAUGUCAAAGAGGUGGUGGUGUGGAAGCGGUACAGCGACUUCCGCAAGCUGCACGGAGACCUGGCCUACACCCACCGCAACCUCUUCCGCCGCCUCGAGGAGUUCCCCGCGUUCCCCCGCGCCCAGGUGUUUGGCCGGUUCGAAGCUUCAGUGAUUGAGGAACGGCGCAAGGGGGCAGAGGACUUGCUUCGCUUCACUGUGCACAUCCCUGCACUCAACAACAGCCCCCAACUGAAGGAGUUCUUCCGGGGUGGGGAGGUGACACAGCUUUCUGAGGUAGCCAGAGACCUGCACAUCCUGCCACCCCCUCUAAUCCCCACACCGCCCCCUGAUGAGCCCUGGCUGCCCCAGCCACUCCCUGCAGAGAGGAAGGGCCUUGAGGAGCUGGAGGUGCCAGCGGACCACCCACCAUCCAGCCCUGCCCAGGAGGCCCUGGAUCUCCUCUUUAACUGUGAGAGCACUGAGGAGGCAUCCAGUUCCCCUGCCCGAGGCCCCCUCACUGAGGCUGAGCUUGCCCUCUUUGACCCCUUCUCUAAGGAAGAAGGCGCAGGUCCCAGCCCCACCCACAUAGGUGAGCUGGCAGCGAUGGAGGUAGAGUCUGAAAGGUUGGAUCAGGAACCCUGGGAGCCAGGAGGGCAGGAAGAAGAAGAGGACGAGGAAGGAGGGCCCACCCCUACCUAUCUGAGCCAGGCCACAGAGCUCAUCACCCAGGCCCUGCAGGACGAGAAGGCAGGCGCCUACCCUGCUGCACUCCAGGGCUACCGAGACGGUGUGCACAUCUUGCUUCAGGGAGUGCCCAGUGACCCAUCCGCUGCCCGCCGGGAGGGUGUGAAGAGGAAGGCAGCAGAGUACCUGAAGCGGGCAGAGGAGAUCCUGCGCCUGCACAUGUCCCAAAUCCCUCCCUGACAGGAAGUAGACCUUCCCCAGGACUCCAGCAGCACUGCCAGCCACCCCCUUCUGCCCCAGGGCCUGGCCCUUCUCCUGGCCUUAGAACCCCAGAGGUUAUUUCUGUAUGUAACUGGACCAAGAAUGAGAAAAAUAUUGAAUUCUCAGCUCCCAACUACACCUGCCACCUUGGAAUGGGGACUCACACUUCUGAUCCUGCCUGUCUCUGUCCCCUGAUGUGUGAGCAGCAGCUCUGGUCACUAAACUAUCAGUUUACCCAUCGAGAACUGGGGUCUGCCAAGUACAGUCUGCAGCCAAAUCUGGCCCCCACCGCCUUUUUUGUGAGGCCCAUGAACUAGAGGGGUUUUUACGUUUUUUCAAUGGCGUG